AUGGACGUUGAGAUCACAUCGGUUCUGAAGAAGAAACUCAUUCUGAAGCUAGAAGAACAACCGAAAUAUAUUCAACACUUGAAGGCAGGACUCAUUUGGAAGAAACAUUGGACCAUUGUUUACAAGAGACAAGAAGGUGAAGUGAUUCAGAACGACAUGUUGUUUUUAAAGGACAAACACCUAUACUUGUCAACGGCUCUCAGAAUAAUCUUGUCCUCUGCUGAAGCUCACAAAGCCAAUCUUGCUACUCAUGUGAAAUGUGAUUCAGAUAUGAUACGUUGGUAUUUGUCAGUUAGUGGCUCACUUCUGAAAAUCAUGCCAAAGAUCUUUGAUGCGCAAAGACAACCAAGAAGACUCAUUCCGAAUUUGACACAAAGAGGGAGAUUGUUAAGCAUCUUUUUUGUGUCAAAUGGUUGUGUUUGUAAUUUUUGUGUACAAAUUGUGAUUCCAAAAUGGGCAUGUCCAUCUUCGGUUUCUUAG